UCCUGCUUUGAGCAAGCAACACAAACACAAACAUUCGAAAUCAAGGUUCAUGAUACUGUACCCUCUCGCCUGGCAGUCCCGCACCGCACCACUCUAUCGGCGUCGUCGGGGUCUUACACUCCCUAGUAAAAAAGCUGACGCCCAGCCAAAGAUUUGCCCUGAAGCGAGGCCAGUGAUAGGCGACCAAGUGGAAGGGGCCCAAGCGACCAACCGAAACACAGUUACUGAAGGUGGUGAAACAGCGGAAAACCGUUGGCUGAGCGUUGGCCCGGCGGUUUGGUCACCAGUUCAUGGCCCUGUGGAUUUCGUGGAGUGUGGGUAGGUGGUAUUUGGGAUUUUGUGGGAUUGCGGAGUUCAGUGCAGUGUUCCAGGGCGGUGGUUCAUCAAUUCAAUGACGAUCGAUAUGACUCUGCGUGAUCCCCAGAUUUGAUUUUGACACAAGAUUUGGAUGUUCAGACAUGGAAGAUAAGAUGUUUCGCUCGCCCGUCUUAUCUCGGAGG